AGUGCAUUAUGGGAUCGAGCACAUGUUGACUACGAUCGACUCCAGUUUUUAGAGAAACAGAAGGCGUGUUACUGAGUCAAGAUGGUCAACAAAUUUUUAAAAUCCCGGAGUAAGCGGCAGACAACUCGUAUGCGGGGCAGGAUUGCCAAAAAGGUAAAAGAACACAACAGAAAGGUGAAGAGAAAGCAGAAAAAGAAUCCCAUCAAAAGGAAGAAGAAGGAUCCCGGGGUGCCCAACAGUCUGCCCUUUAAAGAAACAGUCCUGAAGGAGGCAGAGGACUUGAAGGCAAAGAAAGUAGAAAUUCAAGAAAAACUACAACAAAAGCGACAGAGGGAAAGAGAAAAACUACUGGCUAAGAAGAGAAAUCUGGAUUCAGUAGUGAAUGAUGCUCUCAGGAAACAGAAGGAAUUUGACAAGAAAAACGCAAAGGGAGCUGAUGCACAGAAGAAAGGGAAGGCUGUAGAGAAUUCAUUGAAGACUUUCUAUAAGGAGUUCAAGAAGGUUGUGGAUGCAGCCGAUGUAGUACUGGAGGUUCUGGAUGCGCGUGAUCCCCUCGGCAGUCGGUGUACGGAGGUGGAGCAAGCUGUGCUUAACAGUGGAACUAACAAGAAGUUGGUGCUGGUCCUCAACAAGAUAGAUUUGGUGCCAAAGGAGAACGUUGAGGCAUGGCUGAAACAUCUACGCAAUGAGUUUCCAUCAGUGGCUUUCAAAGCUUCCACACAAACCCAGAGUGACAAUCUGGCCCGAUCAAAGAUGAAGCUGUCUGCUGUCACUGAUGACCUACUGAAGUCCAGCCAUUGUUUGGGUGCCGAGGUGCUAAUGAAGUUGCUAGGCAACUACUGUCGUAACCAGGACAUCCGAACCACUAUCAGGGUGGGUGUAGUUGGAUUCCCCAACACAGGAAAGAGUAGCAUCAUCAACAGCUUGAAGAGAUCAAAAGCCUGCAACGUGGGGGCUAUGCCAGGAAUCACAAAGUCAAUGCAGGAGGUUCAGCUGGACAAACACAUCAAGCUGUUGGACAGUCCAGGUGUGGUCAUGGCACAGAUGUCCUCGGACACCGUCACCGUCCUUAGGAAUGUUGUUAAGAUAGAGCAGUUAGCAGACCCUGUAGAACCUGUUGAAGCUAUCCUGAAGAGGUGCAGCAAACAGCAGCUGAUGUUACACUACAACCUCCCAGACUACAAUGGAGCUGGUGAGUUCCUGUCCUUGUUGGCACGGCGACGAGGGAAGCUGAAGAAAGGGGGAGUACCUGAUGUGGAGAAGGCCGCUAGGAGUGUCAUACAGGACUGGACCACUGGUAAGAUCACCUACUACACCCACCCCCCAGAGCAGACCAGCCUGCCCACCCAUCUGAGUGCGGAGCUGGUGCAGGAGAUGGGCAAGGCAUUCAGUAUUGAGGACAUCAAGGAAGAGGAAACUAAAAUACUGCAGAGUUUAAAACCAAAGAGCAGCAGCCAUGUGUUGAUGGAGUCUCUGGGCCCAGUGAAAGGUAUUGUCCAGGAGAGUGACCUGCCCACUGAGGAGGAGGAAGCAGAGAUGGAGGAGAGUGAGGACGAGGAGGACGAUGAUAACGAUGAUGAGGAUGUUGAGAACAUGGAAGGAAGUGAUGUGGAAGAUGACAACGAACAGGAGCUAAAUGUGAAGGUGUCACUUCCCAGUAGUCGGGCAUCGUCCACCAAGUCAUCUACACAGGUGCUGACAGGGAGGCAAGCCAAGGCGAAGAAGGAGAAAGGGGUUGCCGAGAAGACGGACAUACUGCAGCUCAACAAACAGAGGAUGAAGGACUUCAAGAAGAUGAAGAAACAGAGGAAGAGAGAUGGUAAAGUUGCUGAUAGCCUGUCUGAUGCAUUAACAUCAGCGUUUGGAUUUUCUGGGGACAACGUGGAUGCAGAUGGAGACUACAACUCCGAUGAGGACUUCCACUGAUGUUGUGACUCGAGAUACUUGUUUAAAUUGUAUAUAGACACCUUCGUCAGUGGAAGAAGGGUGAUUGUACAUUGUAAGAAAUAAAUGUACUGAAACAUCA